GUCAAGUUAGAGUUGAGAAGAGCGAGGGAGCAGGCGUGGACACACUCCUGCCAGGGAACCUAUAUUAGCUUGUGGUCUGGUGAGGGUGUAACAUAUCUCUAGACGUUAAACUUUGGGAGUUUCUUCCCUGGGAUCCGGACCCGUCAGCCUUGCCAUGUUAGGCUGCUGCUCCAGAGUACUGUUGCGGGAUGGAGACUGCCAAAAUGAACUUGCUCGAACACUGCUCAAUGGCGAGAGAGGCGGAUGGACUCACAAUCUAUGAGAUAAAACCUAAAUGUGUUCAAGAGGACCAAGAGAAGAAGAUACAGGUAAUGUCAAUUGGACCUGGCAACAAGGGACCCAGCAAGUCUGUUCUUCUGCUGGGACAGACAGGCGCUGGCAAGACCAGAGUCGUCGACGCCAUGAUCAACCAUCUCUUUGGUGUCAAAUUUACUGAUAAUUUUAGGUUCCAGUUGAAAGAUCAAGUUGAAAAUAAUGAUCUCCUACAAGUAGAGAGUCAGACGGAGUAUAUCACUGCCUAUAUUGUCUACUAUCAAGCAGGAAUGGCUCUGAAUUGUAAUUAUAUAUUGAUAGAUACUCCUGGGUUUUGUGACACUAGAGAAGGCUACGGUAACGUCCUCAUACAGAGGCUGACUAACUUCCUGACAAGUAAUUAUGGUAUAGAUGAGCUUAACUGUGUCGCUUUAGUAGCUCAAGCAACUAAAAAUAGGAUAGUGAAAGACCAGAUAGACAUGUUAGACGAGUUUACCUCUGCUUUGGGAAAUAAUAUUGGUGACAUAACACAGGUUUUGGCUACAUUUGCGUCAGAUAAAUCUUCGACAGUUGUUGAUGUGGUGAAAUGUGUUGGAGUUAAAUUUGUUAACGCUUACCAUCUUGAUAAUGGGAUUCUGUUUGUUUCACCAAAUGUUGAUGCCUCCCAGACGGACGAACUUAUUUAUUUUAAACAUAGAUGGAAAAUGAUGCAAGAAGAGUAUGCUAAGUUUUUCGAAGAGUUGCAGCCAUCCACUCCGGUAAACCUCAAGCAAACACGAGACCUUUUACUGGAACAUAAACUUCUCGAGGAAACCAAAAACAGGCUGAGAGGCAAUGCUACAGACACGGCCGAGGUGAAGAAAAUGAAAAAGACUCUGACGAAAGAACUAAAGAAGAUUUCAGAUGAACAAGACACAUUCAUACGAACCAAAACUGAUAGGAAGAUGAGAAUCAAGAAGGAAUACAUAAUUGCAGGAUAUCAUGCACAUAAUUGCCAAGAGUGUAUGCAGACUUGCGAAGAUUAUUGUGAAGACCCAUCUAAUGCGCCUGCUUUUGGGAUGGGGAUUUCUUAUGGGUUGGUCACCGGAAUGUUUACAGGGGCAGAGUUAGGAGUCUUUGGGGGUCCCUUUGGAGCAGCAGUUGGUGCAGUCGCUGGUCUAUUGACCGGAGCUUCUGUUGCAAUGUUGUCUAAAAGAACAUUCAAAGAUUGCAAACUUAAACUUGGCAUGAAGGACGUCUGCGGGAAAUGCCAUCACAGUAAAGACGAGCAUAGGAUAGUACGAUACCGAUAUGUUCCAACAAUGCCGGAAGACCUUCUUGAAUAUUGCGACAAAGAAAAGUGCCAUAAUUUUAAAAUACAAACACAAAAGUUCGAAGCGGAUAUUAAGAAGUACAUGAGGGAUUUACAAGACCUUGAACAAAAGAUGAAUCUUGAAGCCAAAGCUUUAGUGGAACACACACACAAAAUAAAUAAGUUGAGUAUAAACGACAAGCCCUUGUCUCCAGAGUCAAUUAUAAGUGAUAUGAUCAUGGAGGAGCGGGAGAACACCCUCAUAGUGGAGUGUCUGCAAAAUAUAAGGACUGUAGUAACGAACAUGUCAUCAGUGUGUCGGGCAGUAAUGUAUUAGUUAAUGGCCAUAAACACUAGACACUGCUGGUAGCCUAAGAAAUAUAACUAAUAAAUAAAUAUAUUUUUAUUUAGGUAAAAGUACAUACAUACAGAGUUACAAACAGAAUGUUGGAUUUCUAGAUAGAGCUCGUAUAUACUAUGCCUAAAGCCACUAAUACGUACAGCGUUAAGGUGUGGGGAAAAAAUAUAUAAAAAUUAAGACUUAAGACUAAUUGAGAUCAAAAACAUUCAUUGAACUGAAGUAGAAGAAAAAAUGACAAUAAUUACAUGUUGAAUUAACAACAGAAAUUGCAACAGAGGAACAGAAUGUAAUUUUGAGUAAAUAAACAGACGGAUUACAAUUGCCUUAAGUUUAUUAAUAGAAGA